UAGAAAAGUGAACAUGAAUAAGCAAGCUUUGGAAUUAAUUACAAUUUUAUGCAAUAUUUUGGUCUUUUUCACGCAUGUUCGAAAUAUAGAAUCGCUAGAAUUUAAAACAUUUCAAGAUGGUAGAACGUUUGAAGUUAGAAAAGAUGCGGCUGUUGAAAUGUUUACUAAUGAUACAUUCAAUAACCAAAUGUCUCAGGGAGUUUCAGAUAAUGCAUCCGAGCUAUGUACUUUUAAUCAACAUGAAUGUGGUUACUCAUCUACAAGACACGGCCAUAUGCAAUGGAGCUGGAAAGACUUAUCUGCUAAGAUCGAAAAUUAUCACUAUAAAGAAUUGCAAGGUGGUGUUUGGUUUAUAAAAGAUAUCCUUAAGAACAGUGAAACAGCGCUAGAAGUUCUGUUGCGAACACCAAAAUAUUUCUCAAAAAGAAUGCAUUCAUUCAAAUGCUUGCACUUCUAUGCUUAUUGGAACAGAUUUCUUGAGAAUGACAACACAAUGACGCCAAACUACAUCCGAAUAUCUCAAGCUCCUAGAAAAUACAAUAAUUAUUAUAAAGAUUUCAAACUUGAAGCUGAUCGAUGGCUGGAAAUUAAAGUAGAUAUGAGCGUAUCUGAAGAUUAUCAAGUAGAGUUUGCUACUUUUUCUUACUAUACUCGAUCCAUUGUUGUCGUGGAUGAUGUUAGGAUCGUGGAUGGGAGAUGUUCAGAUAUGAAGCCUAUUACAAGUCCAUCAACUACUACUACUUCUGAAUUUACUACAACAAGUACUCCAGAUCCCUUUACCAGUACUUUAUCUACGACAGAAAAUACUCCGGAUCUCUUUACCAGUACUUUGUCUACAACAGAAAGUACUCCGGAUCUCUUUACCAAUACUUUGUCUACGACAGAAAGUACUCUGGAUCUCUUUAUCAGUACUUUGUCUACGACAGAAAGUACUUCAACUAUUGGUUCGAUUGACGAAGAGAAAACUAGAAAGACUAUGUUCACCAGAGAAGAUCAAAAUACAAAUCCUUCUUUCACGACUGAAGGAACUUCUCUUGGAAGACUAACUACUAGCAAAGACAGUGCAAGUCCAUCGAUAUCCACAUUCCAAUUAACAAGCACUUCAAAGCAAGUUACCAGUAACAAGAUUUCAACUCUAAGUACUACUUCAGCAAUUAGUACGAGUGACAUCGAAAACAUUGGAACAUCGAACAUCACCAAGGAUGACAAAAAGGAAAAACCCACGACAAUGGCUUUGAUUAUUGAACCAGCAACCAAACACCAGAUGCUAGUGUUUAUUUUUAUUUGCUUUCUGGGAGCUACUUUUUUCAUUGUUCUUGUUGGAGUCGCCUUGUCUGCAAUAACGUAUAAAAGCACAGUAUUUUGCUUCCUCAUGUUGGCUCGAAAUACAAAAUCGCUGAAAAUUAAAUCAUUACAAGAAGAUGGUAGAGCACUUGAAAUUAGAAAAGAUGUGGCUGUUGAUCCACAAAAUACUGAUAGAAUCAAUAACCAAUUGAAUUUAGAAGGAAGUGUAAUUUUAUUUUCAUUCAAGGAACAGUCAUGA